AUGGGGAAGAAGGCGGUGGUGAUUAUUACCGCGGCGGCCGUGUGCGCCGCAGCCGCCGCUCUGGUGGUGCGCCACCACAUGCGGAGCUCAGGCCGGUGGGCCCGGGCAACCGCCAUCAUCAAAGAGCUAGAGGAGAAGUGUGGGACCCCCAUUGGGAAGCUGAGGCAGGUGGCUGACGCCAUGGCUGUGGAGAUGCACGCCGGCCUUGCCUCUGAAGGUGGCAGCAAGCUCAAGAUGAUCAUUAGCUAUGUCGACAAUCUUCCUACCGGGACUGAAAAAGGGUUGUUUUAUGCGUUGGAUCUUGGAGGAACAAACUUCCGUGUGCUGAGGGUGCAAUUGGGGGGGAAGGGUCGUGGAAUUAUUAGUCAAGAAUUUACAGAGGUCUCAAUUCCUGAACAUCUUAUGGUUGGGACUUCAGAUGCACUGUUUGACUACAUUGCAGCAGAACUUGCAAAAUUUGUUGCUAAAGAAGGUCAAGAUUAUCAACUCCCUCCUGGCAGGCAGAGAGAACUAGGUUUUACCUUCUCAUUCCCUGUGCUGCAAUCAUCAAUUAAUUCUGGGACCCUUAUUAAGUGGACGAAAGGCUUCUCUAUAGAUGAUGCAGUUGGCCAAGAUGUUGUGGCUGAAUUGAGUAAAGCCAUUGAAAAACAAGGCCUUGAUAUGCGUGUGUCUGCUCUGGUUAAUGACACGGUUGGGACAUUAGCUGGAGGUAGGUAUGUCAAUGGGGAUGUUGUUGCUGCUGUGAUUUUAGGUACUGGUACAAAUGCAGCAUAUGUAGAACGUGCACAUGCAAUACCAAAAUGGCAUGGUCUUCUACCUAAAUCUGGAGAUAUGGUUAUCAACAUGGAGUGGGGCAGUUUUAAGUCAGCACACCUUCCAUUAACAGAAUAUGAUCACUCAUUGGAUACCGAAAGUUUAAACCCUGGUGAUCAGAUUUUUGAGAAGCUAAUAUCUGGAAUGUACUUGGGAGAAAUUGUUCGCAGAGUUCUUUGUAAGAUUGCUGAAGAAGCUUCCCUUUUUGGUGACACUGUUCCACCAAAGUUAAAAGUCCCAUUCAUUUUGAGGACACCUGACAUGUCUGCAAUGCAUCAUGACACAUCCUCUGAUCUUAAGGUGGUACGAGACAUAUUGAAGAAUGUAUUGGAGAUAUCAAAUACUUCUCUUAAAGUAAGAAAAUUUGUUGUGGAGCUCUGCAACAUUGUUGCCACACGUGGGGCUCGCCUUGCUGCUGCUGGAAUUGUAGGUGUUCUGAAAAAGGUGGGAAAAGACGCAUUCAAGGAUGGGGAAAAACAGAGGACAGUGGUAGCUUUGGAUGGUGGAUUGUACGAGCAUUACAAUGAAUAUAGUAAGUGCAUGGAGAAUACCCUAAGAGAAUUGCUUGGAGAGGAAGUUUCCGAGAGUAUCGUUAUUGAGCACUCAAAUGAUGGUUCUGGCAUUGGAGCUGCCCUUCUUGCUGCCUCUCACUCACAAUACCUUGGAGUUGAUGAAUCCUGA